AUGAUUGGGGAGGGCUCUGGGACUGGGCGGUGCUGGGUGGUCCAGGAGGGCAGGGCGGGGCUGGGGUUCCCAGACCUGAACUGAAGAGGAUGUUCCGGGAUCCCUACUCGGCUCAUAGGGGAAACACCUGCCCCCACACGCGCCCUCACCUAACCAGAGCGGCGAUUGCCUCCGCCCCUCCCGCUGGCCUUUAGAGUAAAGAGAAAGUGAAAGGGGAAGAGCAGGCUACGGGACUGAGGAGAUCGCGGCGCCAUGAAGCUCCUGUCCUUUCUCCUCGCUGUGGUUUUGGGCUUGGCGACCGCCGUCUCGGCGGGACCUGCGGUGAUAGAGUGCUGGUUCGUGGAGGAUGCGGGCGGGGGCCGCCUGGCCAAGAAACCCGCGGCACUGCUGCUGCGCCAGGGCCCGGGGGGACCACCUCCACGGCCAGACCUCGACCCCCAGCUCUACCUCAAAGUGCAUGACCCCGCGGGUGCUCUCCAGACUGCCUUCAGGCGGUACCCCCCAGGCGCCCCCGCGCCGCACUGCGAGAUGAGCCGCUAUGUCCUGCUUCCCGCCUCGGUGAAUUGGGCCAGCGGCUUGACGCCGGAGCAGAGCUGCCCGCGGGCCCUGGACGGGACUUGGCUCAUGGUCAGCAUAUCCAGCCAGGUCCUCAGCCUCUCCGGCCUCCUGAGACCACAGUCCGAGCCUCAGCCGGAGCCCGCUCUCAUCACCAUGGCAACAGCUGUGCUGACUGUCUUCACCCACACCCCCAGCCCUCGAAUCCGACUGGGAGAAGAUGCUCUGCUGGACUUGAGCUUUGCCUACGUGCCCCCCACCCCUGUGGCCGCUACAUCUCUGGCCCCAGGUCCCCCUCCCUUUGGGCUGGAGUGGCGACGCCAGCACCUGGGUAAGGGGCACCUGGUCCUCGCUGCAACUCCUGGGCUAGCUGCGCAAAUGCCAGCUGCCCAAGAUGGGGCAGUGGUGUUUGCUGCUUGGGAUGAUGACGAGCCGUGGGGUCCAUGGACUGGAAAUGGGACCCUCUGGCUACCGGCUGUGCAGCCCUUCCAGGAGGGCACCUAUCUGGCCACCGUACACCUGCCAUACCUGCAAGGGCAGGUUACCCUGGAGCUCGCUGUGCAGAAGCCCCCCAAGGUGUCCCUGAUGCCAGCACCUGUUGUAUGGGCUGCCCCCGGGGAGGCACCUCCGGAGUUGCUCUGCCUCGUGUCCCACUUCUACCCCCCGGAAGGCCUGGAGGUGGAAUGGGAGCUCCGGGGCGGCCCAGAGGGCGGUUUUCAGAAAGCCAAGGGACAGACUUGGCUCUCGGCCCUGCGCCACCACUCGGAUGGCUCUGUCAGCCUCUCUGGGCACCUGCAGCCGCCCCCGGUCACCGCCGAGCAGCAUGGGGCGCGCUAUGCCUGUCGUGUCCACCACACCAGCCUGCCCGCCUUGGGACGCAGCGCCGAGGUCACCCUGGAGGUGGCGGGUCUCUCCCGGCCCUCCUUGGAGGACGGCAUAGGCCUCUUCCUGUCUGCCUUUCUCCUCCUUGGCCUCAUCAAGGUGCUGUGCUGGGCCGCUGCCUACUGGUCCACUUCCAAGGAUUCAGAGGAGAAGAAAGCCCAGUGAGAGCCCUCACCACCAUCCUGGGGAAGCCACCAUCAUCUCUGGUCUGAGCUACUGUAGUAGCUCUCCCAAAUACUGUGCCAUCGUCUGCUCCUGCUCCCUCCAAUCUCCUUCCAUUGCGUGGCUGGAAUGCUUUUUUUUCUUUUUCUUCUUCUCCCCAAAGCCCCCCAGUACAUAGUUGUAUAUUCCA